CUUCUGUCUGCGGAUAGCAUGAGGUGUUUCUGAUGGUUUGUUAACCUCCCAUUGUUAGUGAACAUCCGGUCUUCAUGGCGGGUCCCGCCCACGUGUCCAGGGUCCGGUUCUUGUACAAAAGGCUGCUGGUUCUGCACCGGUUCCUGCCCAUAGAUCUGCGGGCUCUGGGGGACCAGUACGUGAAGGACGAGUUCAGGAGACACAAAUCUGCAUCCCCGGAAAACGUGACGAGCUUCAUGGUAGAGUGGGAGAGCUACCGGGAGACGCUGCAGACUCAGGUCCUGCAGGCGGCGGGGGGGCAGCUCAGCUCCGUGAAGUUCGGGUCCCCCCUCCAGGAGGACAAGCUCGGAAACUUCCAGAGCGACCAGAUCGGACAGCUGUACGAGCUCAUGCUGGAGUCCACCAAGUCCUCCAGGCAGUUCGACAUCCAGGAGGACGGGAAGUGAAGGACUCACACUAUAUAUUUAUAUUUGCUCUGAUGGAGAGUGGGACUCGAAGAAGUGGCUUUUAAGAAUAUGUGAUUAUAUUAAAGUGCUGUGUAAUAGC